AUGGGAACUCUGAGUAAAUACUUCUACGAAGCUACGCGUGACAAAACCUGUCGCGAUAUGCUCCAUCCGGGGUGCACCUGCUAUGAAGCGGGAAAAAUCUACAUCCGCCAGGGCGUUCUCGGAGCGAUGAAACACUACCUACCCGGAGCGGCGACGGCCCUCCUGUUCCGGAUGAACCACUGGGACGAUCCCGAAGUGUGGAGGAGUUGCGUGGUGCAAUAUGUGCGAUGUAUCGUGGCAGGACUACCGAUGACAGUCGGGAGCUUCCAUUUCUUCUGCGGUUUCUACAAUCUUUUGGGUCGUUUCUCGGCAACAUUCUUCGUGUUCCUUCCGUCGCUGCUAGGUGCUUGCACCUGUAUGUUCCUUCCCCGUUCAAUCGUUCGGGCUCAGGGAAUUGGACUGUUCAACAUGUACAUCGAGUUCCUUAUCAAACGAUCCCGGGGACGAACGAUGGAAAUGCUCCGAACGUCGAGGCUUGCCGGGACACUUCUGUUCAGCGCUUUCAGUGCUGCCAUGAUGCCCGCUCUACAAUAUCUACAGAUCGAUCGAUUCUGGUUCGCCAAUGUGUACAAAACUAGUCCGUCACCCCAAAACCCCUCGAAGACUCAUUGCACACAUCACAAAGGCAAAUCCUGUUUGCAGCACAUCACCCUCCAAAUCAAACGAUCCUUCUACUUCGGCCUGGCUAUAUUCCUAAUCAAAAACAUCGUACCGCGAUUGUUGUUGCCAUUCAAACAGCCCACCAAAUUCCUCCGACUCAUGGUGUCUCGCUUUGACUACGGUCUGAUCGGCUUCUUCGUUGGUUACAAGGCACUCUACGAGAUCUGCAAUUGCAUGCUCAUUCGGAACAACAUCACCACGAAUCCACUUGUUCGAGCGUCGAUCGCUGGCUUCGCCAGCGGUGCUGCUUACUGCCUUUACCCAAACUAUAUGCUGUUCACCUACCCGAUCACCGAACUGAUCGAAGUGUACUGGCUGGUGUACAUGAGAUCGAACCUACCGAAACCCGGUUUGGCGAGGGUUGUGGAUCGUUUGCCGACCGCACUGCUGGCGUACGCCUUCAGUUUGGGUAUGAUGUACCACCUGCGGGUUGUCUAUCCGUACUAUACCAACCGGUACUGCCACAAGCUGAUGGACAACGGGACGAGCGGUCGGUCGGAGACGUUGGCCCGAGGAUAUGCGGAAAUUAUGAUGGGGUAUCGGAGCUAG